GAAUACUUAAUACAAUAUAAUUAGGACUAUACACGUAGUAAGUAAUUUGAUUAGGUUUAAUAUAGUUGCAUGUGAUUACCAUUUGCAUCUAUAAAUGAACGCUCCAAAGUGAGACUGAGCUUUAUUAUUUGCGCUAACAACAACUAACGUGCAAGUUCCAAGGCGGAGAAAACAAUAAUGGCCACCAACGAGGAGAGGGAUAUGGAGAACAAGAAGAGUGAGGAGGAAGAACUGAAGCAUCUCGGGUUUGUGAAGAUUGCGGCAAUGAAAGCCUUAGUGUGUGUGUCGAAUCUCUACGGCUUCGCAAAGCAAAACUCGGGACUUUUGAGAUCUGCUGUUGGAACCGUGGAAGACACUGUAACCACCGUUCUGGGUCCCGUCUACCACAAAUUCAACGCUGUUCCCAACCACAUCCUCCUUUUUGUCGACAACAAGGUGGAUGAAGCUGCUCACAAAUUCGAUGAGCAUGCACCUUCUUUGGCCAAGCAGGUUGCAAGCCAAGUCACUUGUUUGGUUCAGGAAGUGACACACAAAGCUGAGAAAGUAGUGAGUGAAGCUCAAUCUGGAGGGGCACGAGCAGCAGCAAAUUAUGUAGCCACUGAGUCCAAGCAAAUUGUGCUCUUUGGUUCAGUGAAAUUGUGGACUGGUCUCAACCACUAUCCACCAUUCCAUGCAGUGGCUGAGAUGGCAGUUCCCACAGCUGCACACUGGUCAGAAAAAUACAACAAUGUGGUCAAGGGAACAAGUGAGAAGGGUUAUGCCGUGUUUGACUAUUUGCCUCUGAUUCCAAUUGAUGACAUUGCUAAGGCGUUUAAACACGGAGAAGGCAAUGUGAAUGAAGAUGAAGCAUGUUCCGUGGGAGACUGUUCUUAGAGCACUACUAAUAGGGUAGCUAUUUUCUUCAUAAAAUCUGCUUCUGGUUAGGAUUUGUUUUGUGUUUGAGGGCAAUGUGGGUGAGAAUGGAAGUGUAAGAAAUGGGUUCGGAGUGUGUGGAUGGUGUAAGUUAACCAAGUUCGUAGAACGUUAUGGGAUUAUGUCAAUGGUUGCGCUAAAUGUCACCAAGUUGAAGUUGUUUCGUCCUUUUCUUGCAUUAAAAA